CAGUCUAGAACGCAUGUUGUAUGUUUCACGGUGGGUUCCUCGUUCCACAUUGUUCGGAGAAGCUUCGAGAAAGUUCGGGUCGAUUUUGCCAUUCAUAUAUAAGCAGGCGGAAUGAGCGGGACUUCAGUGAAUUCAAAUCAAGCGAUAGAAGAAGAAGCAAGUGCGAAGUAGUACAAGCGAUUACUUUAUUGUCAAGUGACUAUUUCAAGUGAAAUACAGUUUGAAGUAUUAUUUAGUGAAAAGUUCAACGAGUGAAAUAAAAAUGGUUAAUGCUCCAGCAGUUGGUAUCGACUUGGGAACGACAUACUCCUGUGUGGGUGUGUGGCAGCAUGGAAAAGUGGAGAUCAUCGCCAACGACCAAGGUAACAGAACGACACCCAGCUAUGUUGCCUUCACAGACACGGAGCGUCUCCUCGGAGAUGCUGCCAAAAACCAGGUGGCGAUGAACCCGAGCAACACCGUCUUCGAUGCCAAACGUUUGAUAGGCCGUAAAUUCGACGACUCGAAAAUCCAACAGGACAUAAAACACUGGCCUUUCAAAGUGGUUAAUGACUGUGGAAAACCGAAAAUUCAGGUGGAACACAAGGGAGAGAGAAAAACUUUCUCUCCAGAGGAAAUCAGUUCUAUGGUGUUGACUAAAAUGAAGGAAACUGCAGAGGCGUAUUUGGGAAGUUCGAUCAGAGAUGCCGUUAUAACAGUGCCAGCUUACUUCAACGACUCCCAGAGGCAAGCCACGAAGGAUGCAGGUGCUAUUGCUGGCUUAAACGUUUUGAGGAUUAUAAACGAACCAACAGCAGCUGCUCUAGCAUACGGACUCGACAAGAACUUGAAAGGUGAACGAAAUGUGCUCAUCUUCGACUUGGGUGGUGGCACUUUUGAUGUUUCCAUAUUGACCAUCGAUGAAGGAUCUCUAUUCGAAGUGAGGGCUACAGCAGGAGACACACAUCUUGGUGGAGAAGACUUUGAUAACCGUCUAGUCAAUCAUCUAGCAGAUGAGUUCAAGAGAAAAUACAGAAAGGACCUCCGAAGCAAUCCUAGGUCUCUGCGCAGGUUGAGAACAGCAGCCGAGAGAGCCAAACGUACACUCUCUUCAAGUACAGAAGCAACCAUCGAAAGUGAUGCUCUUUUCGAAGGCAUUGAUUUCUACACCAAAAUCAGCAGAGCCAGGUUUGAGGAACUCUGUUCUGAUCUGUUCAGAGGGACGCUGCAGCCAGUUGAGAAAGCUUUGAACGACGCCAAAAUGGACAAGGGACAGAUUCAUGAUGUAGUCCUUGUUGGAGGGUCCACCAGAAUACCAAAGAUCCAACAACUUCUACAGAACUACUUCAAUGGCAAAUCGUUGAAUCUGUCCAUUAAUCCUGACGAGGCUGUAGCCUAUGGGGCCGCAGUCCAAGCAGCUGUUCUUAGCGGUGAAACAGACUCGAAGAUCCAGGAUGUCUUGCUUGUAGAUGUCACUCCGCUAUCUCUUGGCAUUGAAACAGCAGGAGGAGUCAUGACGAAAAUCAUUGAACGCAACGCCAGGAUUCCAUGCAAGCAAUCGCAGACCUUCACCACCUAUGCAGACAAUCAACCCGCAGUAACUAUACAAGUGUUUGAAGGUGAGAGAGCCAUGACAAAAGACAACAACCUUCUUGGAACCUUCGACUUGACUGGAAUUCCACCCGCACCUCGUGGGGUUCCAAAAAUUGAGGUAACUUUCGAUCUGGAUGUUAAUGGAAUCCUAAAUGUAUCUGCCAAAGACACCAGUUCAGGCAACUCCCGCAACAUAGUCAUUAAAAAUGAUAAGGGUCGACUGUCACAGAAAGACAUUGACAGGAUGUUGGCCGAAGCUGAGAAAUAUAAGGAGGAAGAUGAACGCCAACGACAGAGACUUGCAGCUAGAAAUCAGUUGGAAGGUUAUGUCUUCCAACUGAAACAAGCUGUACAGGAUUGUGGAGACAAAUUGUCUUCAGAAGACAAGUCUACUAUUGAAAGGGAAUGUGAAAGUUGCCUGAAAUGGCUGGAUAGCAACUCUUUGGCAGAGAAAGAAGAAUACGAAGACAAGCAGAAGCAGUUAACAUCGAUGUGCAGCCCCAUCAUGGCCAAACUUUAUAGUGGGGGCCAACAAAACAACAACCAGUAUGGAGGAAAUGCGUCCAAUGGAAUGCCUGGAAGUUGUGGACAGCAAGCAGGCGGAUUCGGAACUGGAAGAUCUGGACCAACUAUUGAAGAAGUUGAUUAAGUUUAAAAGCUUUUAUACAAUAAGUACUCAAUUUUUACAGUAUUUUUAAAUAGAAAGUUCCUCAUUAUUUAUUUACACAAAGACUGAUUUAUUUUUUGUUACAUGUUAUU